CUUUACUUGCAGACUCUGGCGAAGAAAAUUUGCGCCCAGGAACUCCGUGAACCGCUGAAAAGGAAGUUUGGAGGGCCUGGAAGCAAGCUGAGGGACGAGAGCACUCAGCCCGGGAAGAAGAAGAAGAAGAAGGAGAGGAAGAAAGAAAAAAAUCAGAAAAAGAAGAAUACAGUGGGGCUUCUAGGCAAAUUCAGCCAAGGACCAGCCAAACCAGCAAGCUACGAUGCGAAGAAGAUGGGGCCAGUUACUGCAAUCGCACCUGGUGCCAGUGCAGAGGAAAGAAAUGGGAAAGAAACGUUGGUAACACCUGGCGGUACAGGUAAAAUGGAAUAAAAAGGCACCUGACACAAAUUUGCAAUGGAUUUCUUGCGGCAGAGGCUACACAACAAAAUUGAAGAAAUAUCUGGGAAGGCUAGCGCCAAAACUCUCUCACCCACCGUGCUGGAGAAGCGCCAGCGAAGGAAAUACGAACGAGAGAGAAAGAAACGCCGGAGGAAGGAGAUCAAAAUGAAGGAGAAAUUAGAGAAGGAAACCGCAGAAGAGGCGUCACCCGCCGUGGCUUCGGAGCCCCAGCAGGCGGAGAGCAAACCUGACAUCUUGUUUAACAAAGUGGAGAUCCAUGCAGAAGAGGAGCUGAACAAACUGAAGAAAAAGGAGGUUAAAAGAAAAUCCAUCAAAGGCAACAUAACACCACUGACCGGCAAGAAUUAUAAGCAACUCUUAAACCGGCUGGAAUCUCGGAAAACCCAGUUGGAAGAGUUGAAGGCCAAAGACGAGGAGAAGGCUAAGGAGUUGGAGGCAAAGAUGCAAUGGACCAAUGUCCUUUACAAGGCCGAAGGCGUGAAGAUCCGCGAUGACGAAGAGAAGCUGAAGGCCGCCCUGAAACGCAAAGAGAAACGUAAGGCCCAGCGUCAGAGGAAGUGGGAAAAGCGGACGGAACAGGUGGUAGAGAGAAUGCAGCAGCGGCAAGAGAAACGUCGCAAGAACAUCCAGGAGAAGAAGCUGGCCAAGAUCGAGAAGAAGAAGGCUAAAGCUCGGAAGAAAGGACGCAUCCUUCCUGAAGAUCUCAAGAAAGCUGGCCCUAAACGGAACUGAGUUUUAACCCGCUUCGGGUUUGA